AUGUUGGGGAUAGGAUUUAAAGUUAGCGGCACUGCCGGCUCGAAGUUUCGCUUUGAUCCUCCCGGCCAUAUGCAACGUCAGGCAAUAGUGAUCCACGAUUGUCACGGCGCGGACAUUAGAAAAGACAGGCUACUCGAGCUGCGAAGUACAUUGGAAGAUUGUUACGACUGGACGGAGGAAACUUUUAUCACAAGGUCUGAAGUAGAAGAAGACGAUUGGAUUCUGCUUUCCGCCGCGCGGAUUUUGGAGGUCGAUGCCGAAUUCAUUCGCAUUCCCGGUGUCAUUAUUUGCUCCUUCGGUGACCAGGAUACGAAGACCUCAGAGAUGCACUUCGUGAAGUGUGCCGGUCGUCUCGCGCUUGGCAGCCUUCAUGAAGUCCACCAAAUUUAUCGUAUCAAGGCAACGGAACAGCUCAAUGUGCUGCUUGAUUCGAAUCCGCUCUAUGGCGCGAUAUUUCGCAGUUCCCUGGCGUUCUUCAUCUCCGCCUUGAUUUGCCCACUUGCAUUUGGUGGAUCUUUUUGGAUAUGUGGAUUGCUGGAGCAGUUGUAUGCGAAUGUCUUCGAAAUCACCGUCACCAUCUUCAUCUCCUUCCUCGCCCGCGGUCUGAGCAGUAUUCGCAGUCAGAUAAUCUGCUACACUGCCGUUUCCUCUGCCGGUAUCGUCGGUAUUCUUCCGGGUUAUUCUUCCGGAAUACCUCAUUCCGUGAAGAUGGUUUAUGCUUUGAUUUAUACACUAUUCUUGGGUUUCGGCUUACAGAUUGGUUCUGAUCUCUAUCUACUCUUCGACCAAGGUGCCCGCCAUGACCUCGCAACUCUGGCGGCUCGCAUGACGACUGCGGUCACUAUCGCCGGUGCCUUCCUCGCCGAUAAUGCCACCACAACAACCAACGCUACUGACGGCGCGAGCGAGUUACAAGGAACCUUCACUUUCACGAACUCUACACCUUACAUCGUCGAGCACAUCAUCACAGGCUGCUACACCUCUUUCCCCAUCGACAUCCCCCGCUACGCCGUAAACGGAGGGAGACACCAUUUACUCAGGGAUUGUCCGCGAGAACGUUCCUCGUGCUCGGCCUGCGCCCACUCAUGCUCCUCCGCCAUCCGCCGGCUUUCCUCGAGCACCCGGCUCAGCACCUCGUCUUCGUCCUCACUGUCCCCACCACCGUCUCCUGCACCGCCGCCGUCUGACGACGCCCCUCCUCCGCCUCUUCCUCCGCCGCCUUUCUUGUCCGCUCCGCCCGCUCGUCCUCGACCAACGCGCACACCUUCGCGACCAGCUCCGCCUUCUACACCGCCAAUCGCGCAUUCCGGGGCACCGACAGCUGCCUCAGCUGCUACUCAAUCAGGUCCCCGCGGCGCACGAGCUCGCGCAUGCUGCGAGUUCGCCUAG